AUGGCUCAUCUCCAUGAGCAUUUGAAGAUGGACGCCCUGAUUUCUACUGAUUUAUGUAAGGCAUACGGUGAUGCAUGUGAUGUUCUAGAAAUCGUUGAACGUGCAGGGCAACAUACUUACCUCAAACUUGUCCUUCUUGAAGGUUCUGAAGAUGCGAUGGAGCGUAAGAACUGCGAGCUGAGACAACAGCGCGACCGUUUCCGUCCCGUCCGAGAGACCCUUGGUCAGCGCAAACACACACUUCAAGCUGCACGCCUCCUUCCACCCCAAUCACAAACGCUUACCAAGGAAUCUCAGGAUCUCUCUGUGUUGAGUCAAACCAUUGCUAGAGCACGCUCAGGCCUUGUACAGGAGCUAGUAGAGUUCGGGGACGACCUGCAGUGGGCGGGUGGCCAGGCGCAAGAGGAGAAUGGACUGUUGGCGGACUGGUUCUUCCAGUACCGGGAGAUGUUAGAUUUUCGUGGUCUUGCAGAAGGUUCGGCGUCGGUAUGCCUUGAAUCGAAGCAGGAUGAGGGACUGCCUAGUUGGGGAUCGUCCCAGCGACUUCUCAAACAGUAUAAGGCCCUUGCGCAUCUCAAAUAG